UGUAAAAUAGCAGUCAACAAAGAAAAAUGCCUUUGGAAUAUUCUUGAAUAAACACCUUGCAAACAUGCGAAAAGAUUGAAGAAUUACAGUGCAUGUAUGUCACUUUCUUAAGAACACUUAGCUGAGGUUUGGCUUGACCAUCAAGAGGUUUGUCAGAUACCUGGCUGGGGUUGUAAUCAUCUGUCCUCUGUUCACUCUGCUUUAUCCCUAACAAUGUCACCCAUAAUAUAGGUAGUGAAGGAAGAAAAAUAAAUGAUAAAUUAAUAACGCUUAAGGAAUAUAGAUCUGUUUGAAAGUUGAUGGUAUAUGUUCUAGUUUGUUCUGCAGAGUUUCUUUUGUUCUUGGCAGGAUAUGUCUGUAAUAUCGCUGAAGUGGCGUAAAUCAGUCAUGCAUUCAUUCACAGAUGUUGUUGCACUCUGUGAUGUCAUUUGGUGAGCGAUAUGGACAGGACAGUGAGGUGUUCAGGUACAAGAGGGGGAAAGGAGGCAUAGAGGAGGUGCCCCACCUCAAGGUUGUGUUUGAGUACAGUUCCCCAAACAUUGCUAAACCGUUUCAUGCUGGUCAUCUCCGGUCUACUGUCAUUGGCCAUGUUUUGGCCAAUCUCUGUGAAGCUUCAGGUCACAUGGUCACCAGGCUGAAUUACUUAGGGGAUUGGGGAACGCAGUUUGGUUUGCUUACUGUUGGCUUGAAGAGAUACGGUAACAGUGAAGCCCUGAAGUCUAGUCCCAUGGAACAUUUGUUUGAGGUGUAUGUCAAAGUGAACAGUGAUGUUUCCCGAGAGGCAGAGGGUGGGAAUAAGACCUCCACCCCCACCCAGAGAGAAGGACUUGACAUCUUCAGACAGUUAGAAAAUGGUGACACAACAUAUUUGGACCAAUGGCAGGAACUUAGAGAUCUGAGUGUGAAAGAAUACAGAAACAUAUAUAAGCGCCUGGGAGUGUGGUUUGACGAGUACCACGGUGAAGCGAUGUACGUCAGAUCUGCUCAGGAUGUCAUUAAUAGGUGGAGGAACAUGGGACUGUUAGAGUUUGAGAAGGACACUGGUGUUGGUUAUGUGGACAUGGGACAGCAUCUGGGUCACUCCUCAAGGGCUAAGGUUCUCAAAAGUGACGGGACCUCUCUUUAUUUGACCAGGGAUAUAGCUGCCAUUUUGGAUAGGUUUGAGAGGUACCAGUUUGACAAGAUUCAUUAUGUGGUGGACAGUGGCCAAGUGCUGUACUUCAGACAGAUGGCAGCUGUUCUCAACAGGAUGCAAACUCCAUGGCUUAACAAAGUGAGGGAUACUCUUCAUGUGCCGUUUGGUCGCGUGGAUGGAAUGAGCACCCGCCGUGGAAAUGUUGUGUUCCUCAAAGACAUCCUGGAUGAGUCCAAAUCAAGAAUGCUGCAGACAAUUUACAGUAAAGAAACCAGUAAGCCUGUAGAUGAUGUGGACUCAGUGGCGGACGUGUUAGGGGUGUCAGCCGUCAUUGUGCAGGGCUUGAAGGAGAAGAGACAGAAGAGCUACACCUUCAGUUGGGAAAAGGUGCUCAACUUCAAGUCGGACUCCGGAGUCUUCCUACAGUACUCUCACGCUAGACUCUCAAGCCUGGCAGAGAACUGUGGUGUUUCAUUGUCUGAGGACUUUAGCGCAGGAUGCCUGACUGAGCCUGAGGCACAGAGAUUGGUUCUCCAUCUGACAGGUUUUGACACGGCUAUUCAUGAGGCAUACCAGGAGUUGGAACCUUGUAUUCUUGUCCAGUAUCUCUUCAAGUUAGGGCACCUGAGCAAUACGGCUCUGUCUUGCCUUCAGGUCAAAGGUCAGUCCACUGAUACAGCACAGGCCAGACUAUGGCUGUUCAUGUGCUCUCGUCAAACCCUGAGGAACGGCCUUCACCUGUUAGGAAUACAGCCCCUGGACAAGAUGUGAGACUGACCUACCCAUUGUGGGGUAUGCAAGUAGUGGACCAGAGAGUAGGGCUGUAACCUGAAGGGUUACAUAUCUCUUGAUACCCAAUAGCCGUUGGCCUUACAUGACAAAUGUACAUGAAUGAUGAUGGCAUUAACGCCACCAUGGCAAUAUUGCAGUCAUAGGAGAUACAGCUGUCAUCUUGAUGCCAGGUGACUGUUGGUCAGACAGGAUAGAUAUGAGAUACAGUAGUCACCAGGGAACACUGAGACAUCUUGAUGCCAGAUGACUGUUGGUCAGACAGGACAGACAUGAGAUACAGUAGUCACUAGGGAACACUGAGACAUCUUGAUGCCAGGUGACUGUUGGUCAGACAGGAUAGAUAUGAGAUACAGGAGUCACCAGGGAACACUGAGACAUCUUGAUGCCAGGUGACUGUUGGUCAGACAGGACAGAUAUGAGAUACAGUAGUCACCAGGGAACACUGAGACAUCUUGAUGCCAGGUGACUGUUGGUCAGACAGGAUAGAUAUGAGAUACAGGAGUCACCAGGGAACACUGAGACAUCUUGAUGCCAGGUGACUGUUGGUCAGACAGGACAGAUGUGAGAUACAGUAGUCACCAGGGAACACUGAGACAUCUUGAUGCCAGAUGACUGUUGGUCAGACAGGACAGAUAUGAGAUACAGUAGUCACCAGGGAACACUGAGACAUCUUGAUGCCAUGUGAGUGUUGGUCAGAUGCAACAGAUAUGAGAUACAGUUGUCACCAGGGAACACUGAGACAUCGUGAUGCCAAGGGACUGUUGGUCAGACAAUAGAUAUAAGAUACAAUAGUCACAAGGGAACACUGAGACAUCUUGAUGCGAGGUGACUGUUGGUCAGACAGGACAGAUGUGAGAUACAGGAGUCACCAGGAAACACCAAGACAUCUUGAUGCCAGGUGAUUGUUGGUCAGACUUGGCACAUAUGAGAUGCAGUUGUCACCAGGGAACACUAAGACAUCUUGAUGCCAUGUGACUGUUGGUCAGACAGAACAGAUGUGAGAUACAGUAAUCACCAGGGAACACUGAGACAUCUUGAUGCCAUGUGACUGUUGGUCAGACAGAACAGAUGUGAGAUACAGUAAUCACCAGGGAACACUGAGACAUCUUGAUGCCAUGUGACUGUUGGUCAGACAGAACAGAUGUGAGAUACAGUAAUCACCAGGGAACACUAAGACAUCUUGAUGCUAUGUGACUGUUGGUCAGACAGAACAGAUGUGAGAUACAGUAAUCACCAGGGAACACUAAGACAUCUUGAUGCCAGGUGACUGUUUGUCACGCAUGAGAGAGAUGAGAUACAGUAGUCACCGAGGGACACUAAGACAUCUUGGUCUCCUUACUUACCUUAACUGGUAUGUCAGCAUUUGAUCUCAUUAAAGAAAUAAUCAGGAUGCUGUUUCUCAAAGCGGAUGUAACGUUACGCCAGUUGUAAGUACCAAGGCAUCAGGUGUUGUCAUUAGGCUGGCAUAAUUUUACUACCCCUUUGAGAAACUGGGCUGAAGGUCUGUCAGCAACCUGCGGAUGGUCGUGGGUUUCCCCCGGGUUCUGCCCGGUUUCCACUCACCAUAAUGCUGGCCACUGUCGUAUAAGUGAAAUAUUCUUGAGUACGGCAUAAAACAACAAUCAAAAAAAAAAAGAAACUGGGCUCACGUCUCUUUGUAUACCUAGCUUUAAUACAUGGAGCAUGUUCGUGGAGUAAUUCGAUUAGUGGUUUUAGCAGCCAGAAUAUUGUUAUUUGGUGUUGAAAUCAUUGGGCAUUCCACAGAUUUGGGGGUCAUAAGUUGUAUAGUACUAUAUUUACCCACGAGGGCGUCAUCAUGUUACAAGGGACAGUUUUAGGAAGCAGUUACAAGAUGCACCUGCCAUCACAUCCCUAUUUCCUCAGCUUUUUUUGCAUGUGAAAGAGCAACUUUAUGUCCAAUUUAUACAUAUAUUAAUGUUGAUAUUGGAGACAGAACUACGCUGGUUGGAUUGGUCAUUUUCAGGGCUUCACCAAAAGUGCCCUUUUUACCAUUGUACACAAAAUAAUGCAUUCAGAAUACACCUGAAUAAACACCUUGCAAACAUUCAAGAAGGUUGAAGAAUUUACAGUACAUUUAGUGAAGAGGUGCAUUCACAUGGUAAGGGCUCUUGAAGCAUUGUAACAGUUUUAUAAGAUGGACCUGAGGGAGGAAAUGCAUGUUGGGUGUAAAGUGUACUUAUCAGCUGGAUUGUACAUGUUCCUCUUGUUUUUGUUGGAGAGAAACUUGACAGGUUUUUCUAGGGAUUCAUGUGCUGACUGGGGGUUCCCUGGCUCAAAACCCA